UGCGCUCUGGAGGCGGAACACAAGUGAGGACUGUGAAGAUUUUCCCUUUGGUUUGAUGUCGCUUGUUCAUCGUGAUGGAUGUGUUUUCAUGAGGUGAUAAUAGAAUGAUGUGGUUGCUGCUGCUGUUAGUGCUGCUGUGCGUAAAGACCUCGGUGAGCUCUCCUGUGGCGGAGGGUUUUCUGGAGCGAUAUGGAUACCUGCAUGAGGAGAAUGAAACUCACAGUGCAGCUGAAGUCAAGUCUGCCAUCAGAGAGUUUCAGUGGUUGUCUCACCUGCCCAUCACUGGAAGGCUGGAUAGUGCCACACUGCAGAAGAUGACAUCACCUCGAUGUGGGGUUAAAGAUGCCCGUAGCCAAAGUGCCUGGAGUCAAAGGGUGAACAGCAUCUUCACAGGCUACAUGGGCAGGCGUGGGCGGCACCUCCGUAAGAAACGUUACAUUCGGUCAGGAGAGAAGUGGUACAAACGUCACCUGACGUAUCGCAUCAUAAACUGGCCAAGGAACCUCUCUCCCAGUCAAGUGCGCUUUGCAGUGCACAUAGCAUUCAAGCUCUGGAGUAAUGUGUCUGGACUGGACUUCCAGGAAGACAGCCAUGGUCCUACUGACAUCCGUCUGGCCUUUUUUGAAGGAGAACAUAAUGAUGGGACAGGAAAUGCAUUCGACGGACCAGGUGGUGCUCUGGCUCACGCGUUUUUCCCAUUCCGUGGUGAAGCUCACUUUGACAUGGCUGAGCGCUGGACUCUAACCGGUCUUAAAGGACACAAUCUGUUCCUGGUAACCGCCCAUGAGAUCGGUCACACUCUGGGAUUGGUUCAUUCACCCGUCCGUCAUGCUCUCAUGUCACCAUACUAUAAGAAGAUGGGCCACAGUGCGCUGCUGAGCUGGGACGACAUCACAGCUAUUCAACAACUGUAUGGUAAACCAUCUGGGGAUGCAUUCAAGCAGCUGGCAGGACGUACUCUGAAUUGGGCCAUAAAGGAGUGGGAGAUAUCUGAAGAACCUAAAGGAGGUUUCCACACGCCUCACUACUGCCAGGGUUCCUUUGAUGCCAUCACCACAGAUGAGAGCGGGGCAGUGCUGGUGUUUCAGGGCCGUCUGUUCUGGACUGUAUCUAAUGGCAGUGUGAGCGCUCCUCUACCACUUCAGACGCGCUGGCCGAAGCUUCCAUUGGCCAUCGAAGGAGCUGUAUUCUCACCGCUGGACAACAAAUUUUAUUUCUUUAAAGGAAGGCGGAUGUGGCGUUACUCAGGCUCUGAUCUGGACCCUGGAUUCCCCAGGAAGAACAGUGAAUCCAGCUUGCCUAAACACCCUGACUGUGCCUUCUUCUAUCGCCCUCUGGGCCACAUGGUGGUCUUCAAAGGAUCCCGUUACUUCGUCCUGAACCUCAAAACUCUAAACGCGGAGCUGUACUACCCUCGCAGUCUGAGGGACUGGAAGGGAAUUCCGCGGGGGGUAAACGGAGCCCUGACCCGGCCCGAUGGGAAACUGUACUUCUUUAAAGAGCAGCAGUACUGGAGGUUUGAUCCAGGGAAGGUGCGCAUUACUACGACUGGACUGUGGGGAGAGAGGCUGCAGUGGAUUGGCUGCCACAGGACUCCAUCAUUACAGGGUAAUGAGCUACUCUGACCAAGAGAGGGAGCCAAAGCAGAUUCACAUUGUUGAGAGGAGUUGAGGAUAUGUGCAAUUCACACACCAGAAACAGUUUGUCUGGGACACAAAGGCCAGGAAACAUCUUCUUCAGUUACAAUCUACAUAUUGCAAAGAGAGAUGAGUAAAAUGAUAUAAUCUGGUAUAUUUUUAGUGCUAUACAUAGGUGUUUCUUCAACUUCAGACACUUUUGGCACUGUGGAUUUCUAGAAAUGAAAGUCUUGUAAAAAAAAAAUUCACACCUGCAAUAUUUUUUUUUUAAAUUUAUUUGUCUGCUGACAAUGUCCAAUAGUGUAUGUACAAGCAUCACAUGAGAUGUAUGAAAUUGUUUCUGAAAGUCAUGAAAAUUCCCACCACAGUGUGAUUUCCAGCACAUCUCAAAUUCUGUAUUGUGUUUAAUAGAAUUCUGUGCUGGAAAUAACGCUGAUGGAAAUUACAUUUUAAAAUGAUCCACUCCUUUGUCUUGCUAAGGCUGAUUCUUUUCAAAGAUAUCCUUUUAUGUAUCAUAAACACAAUUAAAUAAUUUUUUGCAUAGUUUGGUAAAAUUACAGUUUGAUUGGCAAUCAUGCCCAAUGAAAAUAUUCUGCACACAAGUGAUAUUUCCCUUGAUUUUUCUGUUUUCUUCAAGCAUCACUUGUCUCAUAUUUCAUCUCAAGCAUGCUCUACAAUGAAAUUUUUGUCCACUUGGUUAACAAGUACACUAACUAUUGAAAAAACUUUAUUAGGGGUAAACUUGUUUGGUGCGGUGGAAAUGACAACUGUGGGACAGACUUACUUUUUGAAAAAUUUAUGGAAAUCAUUUUCAUAAUAAAUAUUGAAGCAGUUUGUUUAUUUCAGGUUUGUUUUGGAUUAUCAUAAUUUUAAAUGUAAUAAUUUUUAUAAUUGUAUUAUAUGUAUUUAUUUUUAAUAUUGAAAGUCUGAGUCUGGGACAAUGCUAAAACUAAAAUCUAUACCUGCAAGGCAUUUAAAAGUACUUAAAAUAAAUGAUGAAGUUAUGGUAAAAAGUUUCCAACUUCACAUAACAAAAAGAAAAAGUUUCAGUCAGUUCAUGUGAAUAAAAAUCAACCCUGUGACAUAAAAGUUCACAAAGUUGAAGAAACACCUAUAUAUUUGUCCUUAUGACAAUGUUUUUUUUUCUCCCAAUUUGGAAUGCCCAAUUCCCAGUGUGCUUUUAAGUCCUCGUGGUGACGUAGUGAUUCGCCUCAGUCCGGGUGGCGGAGGAUGAAUCCCAGCUGCCUCCGCGUCUGAGACCAUCAACCCGCGCAUCUUAUCAUGUGGCUUGUUGUGCGUGUUGCGGCGUGGAGACAUGUGGAGGCUUCACGCUAUCCACUGCGGCAACCAUGCUCAACUCACCAUGCACCCCACUGAGAACGAACCACAUUAUAGCGACCACGAGGAGGUUACCCCAUGUGACUCUACCCUCCCUAGCAACUGAGCCAAUUUGGUUGCUUAGGAGACCUGGCUGGAGUCACUCAGCAUGCCCUGGGAUUCGAACUAGUGAGCUAGCAAACUCCAGGGGUGGUAACCAGGGUAUUUUACCACUGAGCUAGCCAGGCCCCCUUUAAAUUCUUUUAAUAAUUUAUGCUUUUUUUUUCCUUUUUUUUUUUACUUGCAUAUUACUUGACACUUGUUCACUAGCAGCAUCAAAUGAAAUGAGACCCAUUGUGAUUUUGUUCCUAAUAAAAUCCACUGUGUUGGCUUAAUGUGAGGAAUAUUCUACAUGUUCCACAGCAGUGGUUUUUAUGCCUUUGUUUUGAAUUUCUCACAUUGCUAACAUCAGCAGUGGGCAUCAGGGUGUCAUUCUUACAAUUUGAUUUAAACUAUGUAUUAUGCAGUUCCUAAUUAAGUUACUGGCACUUACAUGCCAAAGCAAAUGCUUUUUUUUUUUUUUUUUACUUGCAUUUGACGGUUGGUGAGGGUUAUAUUUUGGAACCUUGGUGUGGGGCACCUUAGAGAUCAGAUUAGGCCACAAACAGCAUCUGAUAUACAGCAGACGGAAACACUAAAUGUCAAAACAAUUACUUUAAUACACUUCUACUAUGAUGAACAUGUUUUCAAUGACUGAGUUCAGUCAUUUUUAUAGUUUUUUUUUCCCUGAGACUUAAA